AUGGUAUCUCUUGAACCUGUUCAGGGUAACCCCAGAUCUAGUGAUGCACCUUCAAGUCCUAGAAUAUCUUUCUCAGCAGAGUUCUUAGAUGAAAACAACUUCAUCUCCAUAAGUCCAAACUCUGAGUAUGAAAAAGACCAAGAGAAGGAACGUGAAAGAGCAAGGAAUGCUGACUUUGAGUUCCUUUCAAGCAACGUGAGUAACAACAAUACAGUGUUAACUGCUGAUGAGCUUUUCUUUGAAGGGAAGCUCCUUCCCUUUUGGCAGAUGCAGCAUCUAGAGAAACUCAACAAGAUCAGUCUGAAAGCAAAAGAUGGAGAGGAAGAAGAAGAAGAGGAAGAAGAGGAGGUGGUGAGCAACAAAGAGGAUAAUAGUAGAGUAAAUUGGUUUGUUGAUGAUGACCCAUCUCCGAGGCCACCAAAGUGCACUGUUCUAUGGAAAGAGUUAUUAAGGUUGAAGAAGCAACGUGCUUCUUCUUUGUCACCCUCUUCUUCUUCCUCGUCUUCAUCCUCUUGUGCAAGCUCACUUGGUGAUGUUGCUGCAAAAGAAGGGAAAGAAGGGUCGAGGAAUAAAGAGCAACAAACGAAGAGGGUAAAGAAAGGGUUGGAGAGGACAAGGUCAGCUACUAUUAGAAUUAGACCAAUGAUUAACGUGCCCAUUUGCACACAGGUGAAAAGCAGUGCCUUGCCCCCUCUUUUUCCACUUAAGAAAGGAAAAUUAGAAAGGUAA